AAGCUGUUGAAUUUACGAUGGACAGCGAUGCCCAAGAGGAGAUAGCAUCAGAACCAGGCCGCAUCGUGACGCUCCGUCCCGGUCAAGAAUUCCGUUUCGAAAAUGAUUUUUCAGAGAAUGGGAUCGUUACCCUCAAGCUCAAAUCAGGCCACGCCGAGAUCUUUGGCACAGAACUCGCAUCAGACCCCACCUACGCAUUCUCGGGUCGAAAAGUCGCAGUGUACACCUGGCAUGGAUGUACAUUAGAGGUUCGAGGGAAACCUACUGUAGAUUAUAUAGCAGAGGAGGCUCCGAUGCAGAGUUAUUUGAAUGUUCAUCUUGCGUUGGAGCAGUUGCGUACUGCUGCUGCUGAAAAGGGUGACGCAGGACCAAAGGUCAUGAUUGUCGGACCCGAAGACGUAGGAAAAACCUCACUCUGCAAAAUCCUCUUAAACUAUGCAGUCAAACAAGGCAACAAACCCAUUUUUGUCGAUAUUGAUCCCAACGAGGGAUCUGUCAGUUUACCUGGCACACUCUCAGCAACAGCCAUCAGCCGUCCCAUUGACGUUGAAGAAGAAUUCUCGGCAUCGUCUGCAACGACUGGGACGAGUCCGUUGGUGUAUUACUAUGGGUAUGCUUCUGCUUUGGAGAAACCGAAAUUGUAUCAUGCGUUGGUGGAGCGGUUGGCGGGGGUCGUGAAUAAGAAAUUGGAUCAAGUGGAUGUGCGUUCUUCGGGGUGUAUAAUCAAUACCCCGCGACAGUUUGUGGAUGUGGAUGGAUACGAAACGUUAACCCAUGCUAUUGAUCAAUUUGGAGUGAAUGCUAUCCUUGUUCUGGGCCACGAACGCCUUUACAGCGAACUCACAAAACGAUUCCCAAACGGUUCAGGCAUAUCCAUUAUCAAACUUGCCAAAUCCGGUGGAGUCGUCACACGAGAUAAAACCUAUCGCAAACAAUUACAAAUGCAUAAAAUAAAAGAAUACUUUUAUGGAACGCUUAAAGGGGAAUUAAGUCCUUAUUCUUCUCUUGUUUCUUUUACGGAUGUUGCUGUACGGAUGGUUGGUGAAGGUACAUUGGCACCCUCCUCAGCCCUCCCACUAGGCUCCGAACGCCUCCUCCAAGAAACCCGACUCGUCAAAGUAGAACCCGGGGACAUUCUCCUUCAUUCCAUAUUAGCCGUCUCGAAUGCGCCUCUCCCCGACACCCAAACAAACCUAACACCCGAACAAGAAAGUUCCUUGGUGCUUGGAACGAAUUUAGCUGGGUUUGUGUAUGUGAGUGAAGUUGAGGAGGAGAAAAAAAAGAUGACGGUUUUGGCGCCGAAUCCCGGGAGGUUGCCUAGGAGGUUUUUGGUUAUGGCGAGUUUAAAGUGGAUGGAGGAUUAAAAUAUGGGAUUUGUGAGGUUUUUGGUGUUUUGUGUAAAUGGGCAUCUUUUGGUUGUAGCUUGUCAAAAAAUCGAUAUACCUUUAGCUAAAAAAGCAAAACAAAUCGGGGUCUACUCCUCCCA